CUCGCGAGCAAUCGGCCGAUUCGGUUCUUGGCCGUUCAUGUCUUCAUCGCCGGUACAAUCUCUUAAUACUUAGGUGUGAUAUAAGACGCAGAUAGCCGCCAAUCGCCGUCGACGUUCGACGGUCGCCGGCAACCGCAAACCGGCAAGGCGGCAAUUAGUGGCAACCGAACCGGCAUUCGCGUCCCGUCCGUCGACCGGUGUGAACGUGCGCGCUUCGUCUACCACGACGGUGCCGGUAGUCGCGUAAUCUCGUGCGCGUUCCGCGACGAGUGAUAACGGUUUGCGCCGCCACUGAUAACAAACGCGCACCACAAUAAUAACAAAAACUACUGCCUACAAUUGAUAUUAUUAUUGUUGCAGUGAUCUGUAAUAACACGAUCAGUAUUAUUAAUUUUUUAAACGUUGGCGGCUGGUCGACGGCCGUCUGUAUAUUGUCGAAAAUGUGACCGGCCGACCGCGGUGGAACUAUGUCCAGAAAAACCAAACGAUGGCUGUUACAGUUGCAGAUAUUACUCGCCCUGUUGGCGCUCGCAUCGUUCGUUUUCUAUCAACAGGUGGGAAUCGCCGGAAGCAAUGUGCUUACUCCUGUCCAGCAACAGCUGUCAAAAACAGUAAGCAACUCGACAAACUAUUCGAUGUCGGAAAGAAAAAUAUUCCAACGCAUCUUGCCCGUCAAUGAUGAUCUAUUAGAAAAAGUGUUUAUCACUGUGAAAACUACUGGCAGAAACCACUUGACCAGAUUGCCCGUAAUUAUAAAGACUUGGUUUCAACUUGCAAAAAAACAGACUUGGUUUUUCACAGACACUAAUGAUCAACAUUUAAGUCAAGUGACGGGUGGUCACGUCAUAAACACUAACUGUUCAGCUACUCAUAGUAGACGUGCGCUGUGCUGUAAAAUGUCUGUCGAAUUGGAUGUGUUUCUCGAAUCGAAAAAGAAGUGGUUUUGUCACGUAGACGAUGACAACUAUGUUAAUGUUCCUGCUUUGGACGAAUUAUUAAAAAUGUAUAAUCCAAUUGGAGAUUGGUAUUUGGGACGUACUAGCACUCCAAAACCAUUACAAAUUCGUACCAAAUUCCAAAAAACUACAUUUUGGUUUGCUACUGGAGGUGCUGGAUUUUGUUUGAGCCGUGCAUUAGUACUCAAAAUGGCACCAAUAUCUGGGAAUGGAAAACUUAUGGCGAUUGGUGAUCGUAUAGGUCUUCCAGAUGAUGUUAGCGUCGGAUACGUUAUAGAGCAUUUGUUGAAAAUACAAUUGACUCGAGUGGAACAAUUCCACUCGCACUUGGAGCCAAUGAGACUUAUAAAAAAAGAUCUAUUCAAUGAACAACUGACAUUUAGUUAUUCCUUGGACAAUGAUCCAAAUACUGUGGAUGUGGAUGGAUUCAACGAAAUUACCGAUCCUACCAGAUUUCUUUCACUGCAUUGUUUUUUGUUUCCUGAAGCUUCGAAUUGUGUCGAAAAAUAAGUAUUACACUGUUAAUCUUUAUAUCAUUCCAGAGGCAUAGUGAGAGUUAAUGAAAUCAAAUUUAGCGUCGUUUUGUAACAUUUUGCUCGGUAUUUUUUAAGUUAUUGUCUUGUUUGGUCUAACGUUUUAUUAACUUGAAAUACAAAAACCAUUAAUCAUAAGGUCUUCAGAAUGUGCAUGUCAUGGUUGAUCAGAAGGUGGGAACCGUCAUAAUGGUAGCGACUAAUAUUCGUGUGCUUACAGUUGGAUACUCAUUUCCCAUAAUGUGCCUGAAUGAUAGGACUGAUAAAAUUCUCUCAUUAAUAUAUCGUUUGUUACGAUAACGACAUAAGCAUCGAAUAUAUUCGAUUAAUUUUAAGUUUAUGUUAGUUUAAAUUAACUUUAUAAUAAAUAUGGUGCAUAAAAGGAUUUCUCUAGUUUUAUUUUUUCAAAUAUAAGAAACUUGAAAUAGUCUGAACAAAUCUAUUGAUUUACUCGAACGUUUUAUAUUAAACAUUAAAUAUUUUUGGUUAUUUUUUGUACAAAGUUGUCGAAUAGUGUUCAUAGGAGACGUUAUUAAAACAAUAAAUCAGUAUUCGUAUUUUAACGAAAUAUUUUUCAGCUAUAAUCGUUUAUAUAUAGGUAAUAUUAUGUAAAAUGUAUGUAAAUACCGCACGUAUCUACCUACGUGUCACCGGACGGCGCCUUAUUGACAUGCACGUUAUUUAUAUUUAGUUUUUUCGUCUGUGAUAUUAAAUUUUAAGUAAUUAUUUUUUGUACAAAUAUAACUUAUUAUUAUCAUUAUUUACAUUAUGAUCUGUUUGUUAUUGAAUCAAAACACUUAUAUAAUACAGAAUUGCAGCUAUUACCUAUUUGUGCCUUUUUAUUGUGUAUUUUAAGUAGUUAAAAUGUUUUUAUUUUUCGUUAAUUUAAAUAAAUUGUUCAUUUUUUAUACUAUUAUAUUCUUUAUCACUGAUGUAUUUUUAAUGAUAGAAAGGUUUUUAUUAACACUUAUUAAUAUAUACAUUUUUUUUUGUGGUAUUAUUAUGUGUUACAAUGAAGCUCAUUAUAGUCGAGUUCCAUUAUCUGAUAUAUUUUCUAACAGAUUAUAUACUAUAUACAAAUAAACGUUAUCAUUAUAUAGUA